GUUUAUUAUUGUUCUAAGACUAGAACAGUUGUACUACAAUCAGACAAGUCAAUCAGACAUCAAUAAUUAUUUCAGUAUUAAGUAUUCGCUAUCGCUAUCGCCAUUCAGUAUUUCAGACGCUUCUGUCCGUCGUUGUGGUCGUCGUCGUCUUCGUCGUUGUUUUAACAUCCCAGUGUUGCGUCCGCUCGACUGGGAUUUACUAAUAUUGUUAUUGUCUAUACUUUCACUUUUUUGUUCGUUUUUCGUUCUCUAUUGAAAGAGAGAGAGACAGAAGAAAACAAACAAAAAUACGUUUCAAUGGUGAUCUAAACACUGUUGCAUUGAGCAAUUGAACCUCCUGACGUGCUGUGCAUACGUUCCGGGAUUUUUAAGUAUCAUGGCUGAAGCCCACUCGGCAGUUGCAUUUUCAUUUUCAAUUACCCAUGAAGGUUGGGAUGUAAAUUUUGAUCGUGAAGUGCUCCAUUUAGUUUGGGCAUCUGGAAUUCGUUCUUGGAAAAAGCGUUUAGCCAGAUUUAAAAAUAAUGUACGCAAUGGAAUUUUUCCAGCCCCAUUGCAAAGUCUUUGGGCUAUGAUGGGUAUUGUGCUUGCUCUUCGUUAUGCUAAUAAUACUUUUAUUAGGUAUACAGACAUUAUAUUACAAUAUUUACCUGGGACAUCCUACGUAUGGCAAAUAGUAUCUUGUUUUAUUUUAUCUUUAACUUUUUGGCUAAUAUUAAUUUAUAUAGUAAGGUACACGUUUAAGCUCAUGUUAAUGUAUAAAGGAUGGAUGUAUGAAAGCAGAGGAGGACAUAAGGUAUCCUUACAAACCAAACUUUGGGGCUUAGGUAUAAAAUUACUUUCUUCAAAAAGUAAACCAUUACUAUACAGCUAUCAAGGUUCAUUGCCAAAACUUCCACUGCCUCCAGUUAAUGAAACUAUGAAAAGAUAUUUAAAAAGUGUCCGCCCAUUAAUGAAUGAUUCAGAAUAUGAAAGUAUGGUAAAGCUAGCCAAUGAAUUUGAAAAAGGUAUAGCAGUGAAGCUUCAGCGAUAUCUGUGGUUGAAAUCAUGGUGGUCGAGUAAUUAUGUAUCAGAUUGGUGGGAAGAAUAUGUGUAUUUAAGAAGUCGAACACCUUUAAUAGUAAAUUCAAAUUUUUAUGGUACUGAUGCUAUAAUGUUACAUUCAACAUCUAUUCAAGCUGCACGAGCUGCCAUGAUAAUUUGGCAGUGUUUACAGUAUAGAAGACUGAUUGAACGUCAAGAACUUGAACCGAUACGAGUUCAAGGAUUGGUUCCUUUGUGUUCAUGGCAAUAUGAAAGGAUAUUCAAUACAACACGUGUUCCUGGUGCUGUGAGUGAUAAGAUUGUUCACUACAAUGAUAGUAGACACAUUGUAGUAUAUCAUGCUGGACGGUAUUUUAAAGUGAUGAUCUAUAGCCAAAACCGUAUACUUCAUCCUUGUGAAAUUGAGGAACAAAUACAAUCGAUUCUCGAUAACACAGAGAAACCAUAUGUUGGAGAAGAAAAGGUAGCUGCUUUAACUGCUGCUGAUCGUACACAUUGGGCAAAUACGCGCACUCAAUAUUUUUUUAAGGGCAUAAACAGACAAAGCUUAGAUGCUAUUGAGAAAGCUGCAUUUGUGGUUACAUUAGAUGAGGUUCCAUAUGAGUAUGACCCUGAAAAUUCAAAAAAAUUGGAUGAAUUUGGAAGAAUAUUAAUGACUGGCAAAGGAUAUGACCGUUGGUUUGAUAAAUCAUUUACUUUAUGUAUUGGAUCAAAUGGAAGAGUGGGCUUCAAUGCUGAGCAUUCGUGGGCUGACGCCGCAGUUAUGUCUCAUCUUUGGGAGUUCAUCAUUUUUGAUGAAGCAAAAAAAUCUGGAUAUCAAGAAAAUGGACACACAAAAGGUACUCCUGAAUUGGAACCACCAAAACCUAUAAGGCUUCAAUGGAAUUUGGAACCAGUGUUAGAAGCUAUUGAAAAAUCAUAUCAAAUCUCAUUAGCCUUAGUAAAUGAUAUUGAUCUUCGUAUUUUGGCAUUCAAUGAUUAUGGCAAGGGAUUCAUGAAAACUGCUAGAGUCAGUCCAGAUGCUUUUAUUCAGAUGGCACUCCAACUGGCAUAUUACAGAGACGCUGGUAAGUUUAGUCUAACAUAUGAAGCAUCGAUGACCAGAUUGUACAGGGAAGGUAGAACCGAAACUGUGAGACCCUGUACUCUAGAAUCUUCAGCUUGGGUAAAAUCAAUGUUGGAUCCAAAUGUUGAUAUGAAUAAACGUAUUACUCUAUUGAGAGAAGCAUGUGCAACUCACCAAAGAGGUUAUCAAGAUGCAAUGUGUGGAAAAGGAAUUGACAGACAUUUGUUUUGUUUAUAUGUGGUUUCCAAGUAUUUAGAAGUCGAAUCUCCAUUCUUAAAUAAAGUAUUAAGUGAACCAUGGAGGUUGUCAACUUCACAAACACCACAUGGACAGACUACACAGUUUGACUUGAGAAAAUUUCCUAAUUGCAUUUCUGCUGGUGGUGGAUUUGGCCCUGUAGCCAAUGAUGGAUAUGGUGUUAGUUACAUAAUAGCUGGAGAAAAUCUGGUUUUCUUCCACAUAUCGAGCAAAAAAAGUUCUCCCCACACUGAUUCAAAUAGGUUUGCUGUUCGUAUUAAGGAGGCGCUUAAUGACAUGAAAUCACUAUAUGAUGAUUGGAACAAAAGUACAAAAAAACUAAGCUCAUAAUAUGACUAUUGACUGCAUAGUAUAUUAUUCUAUUUUGAUUCAACCAUGGUAUUGUUGUAUAUUCAUAAUAUUUUUUUGGUAUUUAGUCCUAUGGUUAAUUUUUAUGAACUUCAACAUAAUCUCAAAUCUGUAUUAUUGUCAGUAACAAGUAUUUUAUUUUUAAAUAAUAUUUUUGUUUGUUGAUUAUAUUGUUUUUGUGAUUUGGUGGUAUUUUUUUUAAC